AAUAAAUUACUUUUAUUUAAUUUGUAAUUAGAAAAUCAAAUCAUAAUGUAUAGAAAAUAUUACAACUCUAGUUAUUAUAUUGCAAAAACACAAGAAAACUCACCAGUGCGCCAAGAAAAUGGAAAUUAUAUAAACUAGCCCCUGAUAGAUUAAACAAAUUUAUAAUAAAAUUAAUAAUUAAACAGCAAUAAUAUAAAGGUUAGUAGGCAAGGCAGCUCGAACUAACAAAUUAAUCUAAAAUCUUUGGUACAAAAUCAAAUUGCUCUAUUGUAAUAGUAGAAUAUUGGAAAUAUUACUGAAUAUGGAGUAGGAGAUAAACAAAACUCUUUUAUAAAAAGAUAUAAUAGCAGUUAAAAGAGAGUAAAGACUUAAAAUAACACUCCUGAAAAGUUCAUUUAAAUUAGAGCUCAAAGAAACAAUUAAAAUAAUAGCCAAGAAUAAAGGCAAGAGUCAAAUUAACUAAUUAAUAAUUCUUUAACUUAAUCUAAUUAGAGAGGAUUUGAUGAAAAGGAGAUUAAGUAGGGUAAUUUUAGUGGAUUUUAUCCAUAGCAUUUAAGAGCUAGAUCUAAUAACAGCAUGCAAAUAUAAAAAAUGAGUAUAUAAAAGCUAAAUGAUACAUUAAAAAUUCAUAGAGGAGCCUAAGUUUCUUAAAAUACUUAAUAAACAGCUCAGGAGUAGUAUUAAAAUUUGAAUAAAUUAAUCCUGAAGGAUAACUAAUCAUUUAACUUUAACAAUCAUUUAUUAACCGAAUAAAACCAGCCUAUUGCUGUUAUCAAUAAUUAAAAUAUCUACAUAAAAAGGAAAGAAUAAUAAGAAUAAAAGUAGGGAGACUAAAUAAGAUCUUAGCACCAAAAAAUUAAUAGUUCUAAUAAAACUAUAAAUUCAUAAGCAAAUGAAUAAGAAACUGUAAACCAAUAAAAUACUUCUAAUUAAUUUGAAGAAUAAAUAAAGUCAACGAUAGAAAAGGAGGCUAAAUAUUAUUUAUAAGAUAGAUUUAAUGAGAAUAGUAGAAAAAAUACACCCUCAAUUAAUGAAAAAUUAAGGCACCUACAUCCUGAUGAAUCUUCACAGUAUAAUUUAGAUAAAAUAAAUAAAAGAGAAGAAACUUAAUAAAACAAAAGAUAGAAGAGUGGUCUAAAACCACCUUAAGGUUAGGAGAGAGUUAGCAGGGUUAGUGAAAAAUAAUUUAAUAUGAUAAAAAAUAAAAUACCAAUUUAUUCAAAAAAUCUAGACAAUAUAUUAAAUACUAGAUAAACUAAUUCUUCAUUAUCUACCUACACACCUCAUGAUGGAUCAACUGAAGAUAAAACUAUAGAUAUCACUAAUUAUAAAUCAAAUAUGCCAUAAAAAACAGAAAGUGCUUAACUUAAUAAUUACUUCGAUAUUCCUUUUAACUAAUCAAGUAAAGAAAAAUAAAAAUAAAAUGGGUUUAAUAAUAAUAAUAACUCUUCUAAUCUAGAGGAGCUCUAAAAUUAAUUAUUUGGAAAUAACUAUAAAAUGUAAGAUUAACUCAGAAGAAAAUCGAUUUCUCCUUUUGAAAGGAGAAUCGUUAAAAAGUAGGCUGAAAAUUCUAUCAAUAAGGUGUCUCUAAAUAAUAGUAUAAGUUAGUUGGAAAAAAGUUGUUAAGAAGACUUUUCUGGAAACCCCAUUUUAUUUACAACUAUUCAAAAUGAUUAUUAAUUUUAUUAGAACUAUAAAUCUUAAGAAAACAUUAAUCAAGGCUAAAAUAUCAGCAAAGAAAAGCUGAAAAAAAUGUAGCUUAGUUUUUUGAAUAGCAAUAACAGCAGCAACAACAAUACUGAUAACCCAAUUAACAAUAUUUGUAAUUUGUUAAAAAAAAAUAAAUAGUUAAUAGCAAGGAAUAAUAAAAAUGCAGACCCUUCAGAUAUAUAAAAUAAAAGCAACUUGCUCAAAGUUAGCAACAUAAAUUAGUAGCAUGUUAAUAAUCUUAUGCAUAGAAUUUCUAAACGUAGUCAAUCAUAUGCUAAUGCUAUCCCAAAUAAAAUAGUAGGAACUAAUAAUAGGAAUAAUAUUACUCCUGAACAAAGGAGGGCAUCUCAAAACGAAUUACCAACAAAUAAUUCCUUUAAAAUGUCACUUGAUUGUGCAUAAGAUGUGCCAUCAAAAGAAGAACCUAUAAAAAUAAGAUAAGCCAUAAAUGUAGUUAAACUUAAAAAAAUUGAUAUCAUUCAUUCAUUUAGAACAAAAAAAGGUGUUAUGGCAUCCAAUCCUAAAAAAUAAAAUUAAGAUUCAUUUUUUAUGAGCGAAAAAAUGUCAAAUAAGGAUUAUGAUCAAAUUUACUUCUUAGGUGUAAUGGAUGGACAUGGAACAAAUGGGCACUUGGUUAGUCAAUUCAUUAAGAAUAAUAUCAUUGAGGAGUAUAAACAAUAAGGAGAUGAAAUAAACUAUGCAUAGAAGCUAAUUAAUCUAACAGACUCACUGAAUACAAAACUUGCUAAUUCUAGUAUAGAUUGUAUGUUUAGCGGUACAACAAUGAUAUCACUCUUGCUCUUGAUGAAUUAAAAUAGUCUAAAAAUAUUUUCUUGUAAUUGUGGUGACUCUCGUGCCAUUAUGGGUCUUCUAAAAUCUUAAACUGUUACUUAAUAAACUAAAGGCAAAUAAAAUUCAAGUAUCAACAGUUACUUUUUUGAAGUUUUAGAGCUUUCAAGAGAUCAUAAGCCAGAACUACCAGAUGAGAAGGAAAGAAUACUCUAAUAAAAUGGUAGAAUUGAUAGCUAUCGAGAUGAGUAUGGUAAUUAGCUAGGUCCUAUGAGAGUUUGGCUAAAAAAUGAAAAUAUUCCAGGACUCGCUAUGAGCAGGUCUAUUGGAGAUGAUGUAGCAACAUCUGUAGGCGUUACAUGGGAACCAGAAAUAAAAGAGUUUGACAUUCAAUUUAUUUCUAUAAAUUCUUAAUCCAAAUAAAAUGAAAAAAUAACAGAAAAUUAAGAUAUAAGUUAAAAUUAAAAAAAAGAAAACUUUGAUUCUUAAGAUACUAGCUCUUAAGAUUGUAAUUCACUUGAAAACAAUCAUAGAUAGAAUAUAACAGCCGAUAGUGGGUUUUUAAUUAUAGGUAGUGAUGGAGUUUGGGAAUUUUUACCUAAUGAAGAAAUAAUUAAAGAAAUUGGGAAAUACUAUAUUUUAAAAGAUAUAGAAGGUGCAUGCAGCUGGUUACUAAAUGAAGCCUAUCAUAAAUGGACAUGUGAAGAUGACUCCGUUGUAGACGAUAUUACUUUUAUAAUUAUAUUUUUUUAGCCUAAAGAAAUAAUUCAAAAAACAAUUUCAACUAAAUAAGCAUCAUAAUCAUUAGACUUCGAUAAAUGA